GUUCGACCGGCUAGCCAUGGAACGUUACGCGAAUCCUAAAAGGGAAGUAGUCCUGGAUGCCACGAUCCCGUUAAUGCAAAUCUUCUGGGGCGAACAUGACCUUGGGUUAACCCCUCGACAGACUGAUCUUAAAGUGAAGAAGUCUCUCAUUGACGAUAUGAUAUAUAUGGAAUGGAUUAUGGAAAUCCCAAACUGUUCUGGAGAAUUAGUCACUGCAAGAUUUCCGGUACAUCACUUCAUCCGAUGCCUGAUGACUUCACGCAACGACACCGCCAAAGCGCCAGUUGCACUGAUUCUCGAGUUGGCUGAAAGUGGACAUGACGCAAUGAAAAAGUUGAUUCCGGACGUUGUGGCAAAGGUGGCCGACGUUCAUGCAAAAAGAGGAAAAGAUUUCCCGGGUUUGAUGUUUUUCGUGUUGGAUCCGUCGAUCAUGUUUCUCUUCGAAAGUGGAUACUGUCUCUACACGGAUAGUUAUGUGGGACUGUCGAACCUCUUUCACGAGACCUUCGCGAAUCAGUGGGCUAAGCACAACAUGAAUCGAGGAGAAGAUCUGGACGAGGGUGGGGACCCGUGGAGACGACAAUACGAUACCAUGGAGUUCAUCUCCGCUGCAGCUUUCAUGACACAAUUCAAAGCUUAUGGAUUGAGAAACACCGAAUCUGAAUUGAUCUCUAGUGACAAAAGGAAAUCGAAUAUUCGUGUGUUCCUUCCACGCAGAGAGGUCGUAAAGAAACCAAAACGCAUCCAUCACAUGACACGAAAGCUUCUGGAUAAAGCUGGAGAAGGUCUUGACGGGACUGUUGAUGAUGAGCAGUUGGAUGAAUCGGCUGAGCUGGACAACUCGUUUAAUGAGGAGAGAGCCGAAGCAGCUGGAGACGAAGCCGCAGAAGCUCCAGAGCAAGAGCUUGCUCAAGAAGCUCUCGAAGCAGCUGAUCCUGAUGAGCCAUCUACAUCCACGGCGAGAAUCAUCAAGAGACGAGCCAGAAAGUCGGUGCCUGCAGCAGCUGAAGAGCCGUCUACUUCUGGAACUACAUUUCGUGCAAAGAGAACUCGCCAUGAGCCAACCACUGUCUACACUGCUUCACCAAUCAAGUCCAGAACCAAGAGAAAGUAAAUUCUUCGUCAACUGUGAAAAUUGCCAAUAAUUUAUUCAAAUAUCCCCAAAUCAUCAACAAAUAUCCACAUUUAUAUGCAUUAAUUGAAUUUGAAACUUUUAAAUUGCUCCCCAUGAUUGUUGUCUCGUCAUAGAAUUCAUCUAGUUGUCAUGUAGAACAUUUAGAAAAAAUGAGUUGACGUACAAAAUGUACUGUUUUUUUUACCACCUUUUCCCCUCUACUUCCCUUCUGUCAAAUUGCUUUAUUUUUGGUCUUCCCUUCAUCUGAUAACUUAUUCUUGGUGUCCAAGGUUUUUCCUCGCAACUUGCCUUUGAUUUAACUUUUUCAACUUCUUUUACUCCAAUUUCUCUAUUUUUUGCUUUUUGAAUUUUUGUGAGUCUUUAAAAUUGUAUGGUAUGCCUCACUUUCGCCCGUUUUCUGAUUCCACUCCAUUUAAUUUUACUUGUUUUUUCUGAAAAGAUUGGCUAUAAAAAGAGCCUUUCUAGUUAUGAUUUAUUAAUAAUGAACUAUUGUAAUUGGG